CUGAGAAAAGCAAAGUACAGAGAAAUAGCAUCGCAGCAGAACAUCUUUCGUGUGUUGGUCGGAUCGGUUGUCAAAUGCAAUGCUUAUGCGAACUUUGUUGUGAUCAGUCAUCUGUUUACAUUUCAUCUCUGCAAACUUCCGCAAUCCUUAUACGAAUGAUUAAUUCGUGAACAAAGAGUUCACAAAUCUCUGUUGCGAUGAAAUUUCAGCAGAGUUUCUUUCGUUAUAAAAUAGCUUUAGCGCUUUUCAUACAUCAGUGUUUUUCCUUAACUCCUGAGUUAAGUGAAGUAGCAAAUCCCAUAUCUUUGGAAAUCUCUGUAUAUGAUGUGUCCAUUAACAGUGUGGAAAUUGAUUGGCACUUCAAAGAUGAACACUUAAAAUCAGCGCUCUCUUGUGAAUUAGUAUAUGGGCCUGUUGAUGAUGUAACACAGGUUCAAGUUUUCACUCGAAUUCAGCUUUUAGAGGAAAACAUCAUUAAACUUAACCAUUUGGAGAAUAAUGUGACAUAUCACAUGCAUAUGGUUUGUCACAAUGGAACAGAAGAAAAAAUUCAGUCAAAUGCACUGCAGUUUACAACAGGAUCCAAGACCUUGCCAUUGACUUAUGUCAUGCCCUCCAGCAAUUUUCAUGGACACAGCUCCAUUCCUCGUGAAAAUUUUUAUUCCCGCGAUGAAGAUUACGUCCGAACUGUCCGAUCAUCAAGUGUCAUUUUGGGAGCUGUUUGCGGAAUUGUUGGUUUUCUUAUUAUCAAUGUCACCAUUGUAAUGGCUGUUAGAAAAUACUCACAUCGACAAAUGAGGCGACGAAGAAUUUUGGAAAUUGAAGAGCGGGAUUAUGAUGAAUUUCCAUAUUUGCGUGGGGAUGAAUAAAGUUUUCUGCAAGUCUUCCCUUCAAAGAAAGAUUGAAAAUAUCAGCAUAAUAAGUUUUUUUACUCGCAACUGUGGUCCAUCAUCAGUACGGGUUGUUGACAAUCCUGUCCAUAAUAUACAGCCAGCAUCAUUUAAAUAUUGGCUGUUUACCUUUUAUAUGGACUUUUAACUGUUGUUUUUGGUAGAUUUACAUGCAAGAAGCAAGUAAUGGAUGAAAUUGUGUUAUUAAUACUAUGUUUUUUGGUAGAUCCAGAGUUCUAAAUUAUACUGUUUCAAAAUUUAACCAUGUGAGGGAUAUAAUGUAAAUUUGAUAAAACUUUCAAAUUUUUAUUUUAACUAUUUUGAUCAACUAUGCUUUUUUCUUUGUACAAAUCUUCAAUGAAAAAUAUGAAUUUCUCAACUGUUUAAUAUAGGUUAUUUUGUUUUGUAUGAUAGAUGUUUUUUUUUUAAAGUCAUUUUUAUAAAAUUGAUUGAUUCAUACUAUUUGUCUAGUUCAAAGAAAAAGGAAACAUUGUUUAACUUGCAUCUUUAAUACUUUGCAAAAUAUUUCCACAUUAAUUUUAUUUAAAUAUAAACAUUUUGUACAGUAUAUUGAGUAAAUUAAAAGGGCCUUUAAAUAAAAUGCCCUUUUGAUAUAUUAUGUGGUAUAAGAAAACAAUGGUAUAAGUUAUACAAACAUAAUGUAGGAAUGUGCAAUAUAGUAUGAGAUAGGAUACAUUUAAAAUUGUUUAAUUAGGCAAACAUAAUGUAGAAAUGUAAAUGCAAUGACUUCUAUUAUUUCUCUUUAGAAAUUUAAAUCUCAUUUAUCAUUUUUAACCAAUAUUUCCUCAACAUUCCAUUGCCCUACUUUUUCUAAUUAAAUAAAACAUAAUGUUUUUAUUGAAUUCCUUUAGUAAAUCAAUUAAAAUUUCAAUGUUUAAUCCUUUCCUCAAAAAGAAAUUAUUAUUUAAUCAUGCAUGAGAUAACAUUUUUAAAAAAUUGUUUUAUAUAUUGUUUUAGAUAACUAACUUAAUAAAAAAAAAAAAAAGAAUAUUAUUCAAAUGCUGUUCUGUUUCUCUUAACAUCAGUACUUCUUUUUAUUAUUAUUAUUAUUAUUAAUUUCUCCAGUUUUGAUAGAGUUAAAUGAUGAGGGAAAAAAAAGAUUUUUAAAGCAUCAUCAAAAAUACCAGAAGCUGCAGUUUUAAUAAUUUUCUUUAAUUGCGAAUUUUUUAAUUAUUAAUCACAUAUCUUCUAUAACUUUUUUGUGAAUUAUAUUGUUAUAAAUUCUUAUAUCUCAUUAUUUAAGAAAAGAAUGAAUGGCAGGUUAAGGAUUUUAUUUCACUUUAUAAAGGAAAUAUUUGUUUAUUUUUUAAGGUAACUCUUCUCUAAAAUGUACAUGGAAAAAUUCCAUCUUUUCUUAUAUAUCAUUUUAAUAAUUAAAAUUUUGAAUAACUGUUGUUAAAAAUAUAUAGUACUUUUUUGCUAAUAAGUUUCUACCAAUUAUAAAUUCAUAUUUUUUAUUGAGUGAUGCAUCUGUUGUUAUUAAAAAGGACAUUUAGCAUAUAUUUUGUUUCUUCCAAAGCAUACUGAAAUUAAUUCAUAUGCGAAGUAAGUGCAAGUAAUUGUCUAAUUUUGCUGCUUUUCCAAAAUUCUGGAUCUCCCAAUUCAUUUGUGUGUUGGUUGUAAAAUAUAUUUGUAAAAAAUUGGCAGAAUUGCUUAUGAAUGAUUUAUGUGUAUGUUUAAUUAUAAGUGCUAGGAGCAUAACUGCUAGGAAAAGUGAAAACUUUGUUAAUAUUUUAUAAUGCAUCUAAAUCAAAGUGCUUACUGUGAUUUCAGUUGCAAAUGCCAUGCUUUUAUUCAUCGCAGCUGGAUCAUUUUCAUAGAGUGAGCAAAUUAAACAAAGUGUAUUAUUGUAUAUAUAUGAAUAUUAUAUGCAUUUCUGUGAUACGCAUAAAUUGAAAACUAUCUAUCUGCCAUGCAAUAAAAUUUGAAAUUCCUAUUAUUAAUGUAUAUGUCUGUAUAUAUAUUUUUUGUUACAUGUUUUAUAUGCUAUUUACUUGUUUCAAAUUUAUUAUUUGUUGCAUAUGAUCAUUUAAACAAUAUUGAAAUAAAAUUUAAAAGUAUUCACCUUAA